CCAGGCCGGGUACUUGUUGAAUUCAAAACACAAGUUACGGCUUCCCAAUCCACCUUACAUAAACUAACAUUUACUACCAAAACCUAAUCUCUGGCUUUUCCAAAACUAUGCCAUCUCCAAUCCUGCCCAUAUCAAACCACCCUUCCUCCUCCGCACCGGUGGUCAAAGCUAAGAUCCAUGAUGUCCCAUCGACAACCCUCCUCAUCUCCUCCCAAUUCGACCCUGAAAAGGCCAUUACUCCUCUCCUACGUAGAGCUUCCAGUUACAAUUCAACAAGCAACGACUCUAUUGUUUCUUUUGCUAACAACCACCAGCAGAGAUCUCGCCUAAUUCCCAGCGAUAGUUCCCUCGCUUUGUUAUCCGAUCAGUCUCCCCGCCAAUCUAUAAGCCGGGAAGUGGGCCAUGAUGCUUCCGAGACCUUUCUCCUUUCUCGAUUAUGUGUGAAGCUUCUCGGCUACCUCCGGGUAGGCUAUAGAUGGAUCACAAAAUUUCUUGCUCUUGGUUGUUAUGCAUUGUUACUUAUGCCAGGUUUUAUUCAAGUUGCUUAUUACUACUUUUUCUCCAGACAGGUCCGUAGGAGCAUAAUAUAUGGUGAAAAUCCUAGAAAUAGGCUUGAUCUUUAUUUGCCUAAAAGCAGCCAUGGUACGAAACCAGUGGUAGCUUUUAUAACUGGUGGGGCUUGGAUUAUUGGUUAUAAAGCAUGGGGCUCUCUUUUAGGUCAACAGUUAUCAGAAAGAGACAUCAUAGUGGCAUGCAUAGACUACAGAAAUUUUCCACAGGGCACAAUAAGUGCCAUGGUGGAAGAUGCUUCUCAGGGCAUCUCAUUCGUUUGCAAUAAUAUUGCUGAAUAUGGAGGUGAUCCCAGCAGGAUUUAUCUUAUGGGACAAUCAGCUGGUGCACAUAUUGCUGCUUGCACACUUAUAAACCAGGCAAUCAAAGAAGCUAGCGAAGGCAGUACUUCUUGGAGUGUGUCCCAGAUAAAAGCUUAUUUUGGUUUGUCUGGAGGGUACAAUCUUUUUAACCUUAUCGAUCACUUUCACAGUCGAGGUUUAUAUCGUUCAAUCUUUCUAAGCAUAAUGGAAGGGGAGGAUUCUUUGCAUCAAUUCUCUCCUGAAGUAUUGGUACAGGACCCAGACGUUAAGCCUGCUGUUUGUCUUCUUCCUCCUAUCAUUCUUUUUCAUGGUACUGCAGAUUUUUCUAUUCCUGCGGAUGCCAGUACAAGUUUUGCAGAUACACUUGGAAGAAAUGGAGGGAAAGCAGAAUCCGUUUUGUAUGAUGGAAAGACACACACGGAUUUAUUUCUUCAGGAUCCCAUGAGAGGUGGCAGAGAUGAGAUGUUUGAAGAUGUUGUUGCCAUCAUACAUGGUGGAGAUGAAGAAGCCCUUGCAAAAGAUGCCGUGGCUCCUCCAAGAAGACGCCUUGUACCCGAAUUCAUGUUGAAAUUGGCUCAUAAUGUCAGCCCAUUUUAGACAUUCAAAAUUCAUCAUCUAGCAGGUGCUUAAGUAAUGGAAAAGACUACAU